AAAACCAUUGCAAACAUUCCAGCAUGUACGUCUCAGCAAGUUAUAACGUAUAAUUUGAGAUUUAAUUAACACACAUUUUCCCACUUAUCCUAAGUGUAUUCCACCAGCUGAGGCAUGUUUUGUAUUCAAAUUAAUUUUCUUUAGUUUUUAUAGUAGCUCACUGAAAGACUGCAUCCAGCAAUUUGCUUCAAACUAUGUCAAGAUGCCAAAUAAUGUUCUUUUAAGCAGGUGUGAGUGGACUUUGCCAUGCAAUUAAUGGUCAUUAGACUUCUUUAUUCAUUAACCAAGUUAACUUAGCAGAACAAAAUUUCUACACCCACAUUUAUCAAACCUGCUUGACUUGCUUGACAUAAGUGAACAAUUUGAUUAAAUUUGAUUUCCCCCAAACUCUACCAUUAACAGGAUAAGGCCUAUGCAAAGUAGAGAAAAUGGAGAUUCACCAGUCAAAAACUAGCAUGAUACUAACAUGGUUAUUUGUGUAGGUGUUCUUCAACAAACAUCAAAACUCCCAAGCAACUAAUUCACAUAAUCUCCCAGGCACCACUGUUGUUUGAAAUGUAAAUGGUGUUUGAAGGGCAGCUAAAGAAAAAACUGUUAUCAAACCCAUAUUUGUUCUAGUGAGGGAGUAUAAAUUCGGGAGCCAAAGUGAAGGUUAUUUCACACCUCACUUCAUCUGUGCAUUGUUCAUCCAUAUUCUUCUAGCUGAAGCCAUGGCACUGUUUGGGAAAAUUCUGGAACCUGUAGGGUUCAUGCAGACCACUCGUGUGCUUGUCGAGGGAAUCUGCUCUUAUCUGAGUGGUAGUGCUAACUCUGAUGAUUUAGACCUGGUGAAAAAGAAUUUAGACCACAUUGAUCAUGAACUUAGCUCCUUUGGCCCAGGUCUGCUAACUGACGAAGAGGUCCACUGUCUUGAAAAUGACUUGGCUGUAGUGUACAAUCAGCUAGGAGCAUCAGUGAGAGCCCAGGCCGAGUUCACAAAACGUGAAACAGAAGUCUUUCUGCGCUUCGUUCAGGAGUACAGACUGGAGCGACAGCUAACAGCAUUGUACAGUCGUAUCAUGGGCAUCUCAGUGCUGACAGAUCAGCCCACCCUUUUGGAGAAGCUUGUGCUUAACCGUAAGCCGAGGCGCUGGGAGAUUAAAGAAUUUUGUGUCAAGGUGAAUUUUGUGCUUGGGACAGGCCUGUUAUGCCUUUUUAUAGAGGCUUCUUUGACAGGAAGAGAUCAGGCUCUUAUGAUGAAGAACUGGUCAGACAAGAUGGCAGCUUUGUACAGGAAAAUGAAAUCCACUGGAGGACUCUGCUCGGGAUACUUCAGAGAGCAAGCUGAAGAUGAUGUAAAGAAGCAGAUCUUGGAGGUUCGGUGGAGCACUCACAGCCCAGAGCAGCAAACAGCUGAAAUUUUAAAAAGUUUAGAGCGCAAUUAUGACUGGCUACACUGGGCUGUGAUGGUACAUCCCCCUGUGGCAUGCUGGAAAGAUGCCACUGUUGCUGAUGAGGGAGAGAAUGAAGAGCAAAGCAGUUGUCUAAGCCUAGAGCACUUCAUCUCUGUUUUUUCAGAGGCUUCUAAUUCUAAUGUAGUGGCCUGUCACAGGGACACCCCAUCCUCCCUGGAUAAAGCUCGCAUCCAUCAGCUGAUAGUGGACCUGGAAUGGAAGAUCCCAAACCCACCACCUGAAAUCUAUGCGGCUAUAGAAGAAGAUCCAGGUAAAGCUAGGCUUUAUCUAGCCAAUCGGAUGUUUAAAAAGCUGCAAGAAGGACUUGGCACAAGUGUUGCUAUCUAUGUGGUACCUGGUAAAAUGGAGAUGAAGUGCAACUUUCCUCAGGCUUCAUAUUACCAAUAUGAAUAUAAACACAGGCUGGCAUCUGGAACAGUUUGUGUAUUUGGGUAGCACACCAGAUUUGAUUUGUGUAAAAUUUGAACAAGCA